AUGGGGAAUUACAUAUCCUGCACGCUGCUCGGCACCGCGGGCAAAAACUCGGGCAGGGCUACAAAGGUCAUUUUCCCCUGGGGCGAAAUCCGGCGCGUGGACCAGCCGACCAAAGCCGCCGAGCUCAUGCUGGAAGCCCCAAAUUCCUUCAUCGUCAGCACCAGAUCGCUGCGCAUCGGGAGAAGAUUCGCCGCCCUGAACGCCGACGAGGACCUCGAGAUGGGCAACGUCUACGUGUUCUUUCCGAUGGCAAGGCUGAACACGGCGGCGACGGCGGCGGACAUGGCGCCCCUGUUCCUGGCGGCGAGAUCCGUUUCCAAGAGGGGCGCCGCCCACGGAGGCGCCAAGAUCUCGCCGGAGAGCUGCGGCAAUGGGGAGAGAAUGUCGGUGCCGAGGCUGAAGUUGGACGAUAUUGAAGAGUACUCGACGCCGGAGUUUAAGCACAGAUUGUCUAUGUGCAGGUCCAAGAAGCCAUUGCUGGAGACUAUAGUUGAAGAGCCGGGUUGUGUAAGAUGA